AUGGAGUCACGGCCGUUGAAAACCGGCCAAGAUAGAGAUCGAAUCAGCGCGCUCCCGGACGACCUUCUCCUGGGGAUCCUGGGACGCCUGAGCCUGCACGAGGCGGUCCGCGCCGGCGUGGUCUCCACGCGGUGGCGGCACCUCCCCAAAAGAGAGAUCGAAUCAGCGCGCUCCCGGACGACCUUCUCCUCGGGAUCCUGGGACGCCUCAGCCUGCACGAGGCGGUCCGCGCCGGCGUGGUCUCCACGCGGUGGUGGCACCUCCCCCACCAGCUCCUCGCGCGUGGACCUCGAUGUGGACGACUUCCAGGCCGGCACCACCACGGCGGUCGAUACCAUGGACGCGUUCACCGGCGCGGUGGGCAGGUUGCUGCCAAUGCGUCCUCCGGCGGCGGAGCGCGAGUGCGACUGCGAGAGCAGACGUUCCGUCAAGACCCUCCGGCUCCGCUUCCACCUGACGUCGGCCCCCGAUGACUUGAGCUCCAUUGGCCGCGCCGUCGAGGACACGGUGAGCCGUGGCCAGACCGACCGCCUCGAGCUCGGGGUAGUUCCGCCUUCGUCGUCUGACUCUGAACUGACAGCCGCCGUGCGCGCCGAGCUCGGGCAGCAGUUCAUGUCCUUCUCCCGAGUCUACCCCGUCGCCUUCCGGUGGCUGACGGACCUAUCGCUCACGAGCCUCGACCUCGGUGACUCGGACCUGUCCAGCCUCAUGGGCGGCUGCGACAGGCUCAAGCACCUAUCCUUAACAUCCUGCCGAUUGGCUCGGCACUCUGUGCUCGAGAUCGACGUGCCCAACUCUGUGGUUCAGAGCCUCAACUUGAGGAGAUGUAGGUGCAUGCGGAUCGAGCUUGUUUCUGUGCCAAAGCUGACGCGUCUCCAGUGCGAGUCCUGGAACUCCGAGGACCCGCCGCUGCGCUCCGGCUACGUGCCUGAGCUUCGCAGGGUGAUACUCAGUUCUCAUGCAGGGGUGUGGCAGACGCCGUUCGCGCUGAGCAACUGCCUCUCAACGAAUGUCAGCAACCUGUCGCAGCUGUUUCUUAAUUUCAGCUGCCAAAUGAUUUGGAUUAAGCCUGAACAUCCAAAACUGCUCACUGCUAUAUUCCGUAAUAUCAAGGAUUUCGGGUUUUGGCAUAUCUUCCCUGAGUGUGAUCUCAGCUGGACCCUGUUUAUCCUCGAAGCUGCACCUGCUCUGAAAACGCUUACAGUAAGUCUGACUCGGCAUUCCUGUGUCAAAACAUCCGAGCGCAGUGGCAAGAAGGACAACGUGGUGUGGGAACCAUCCAAGGAUUUUAAGCACCUGAACCUGAAGGUGUUGUAUAUGUUUGGGUUCGAGGAUGAAGACAAGGUGACAAACUAUAUAAGGCUUGUCAUGGAACGAGCUGCGGGGUUGCAGGGAAUCAUGCUGUGGAGUAGUAAGACUUGUGAGGCAUGCGAUGCCAUCGACCUUGAGUCCCCGAGUAGAUAUGAGGUGGAUAAAGCCUGCAGGCGUCGGGUUAAGGAGCGACUCACACAUGGAUCCUCCUCGUCCGUGAAAAUAAUUAUCUGCGACCUAGAUGCUCGUGGACUGAUAAUAACCUCAUAGAUGAACUACUCACAGAUCACAGAUGCUGAUGCUGCUGCUGGAGUGAUGAACCGAUGAUAGCAUAUGAGGGCCAAUCAGUCGCAAUUAACUUUUAUCUUAAUUAUAAUUUUUUAUGAUAAAUCUUAAUUCUAUAUUUAGCUAGGAAAUACUUUGAUUUAUGUGGUGUGUUGAUGUCUCUUAGGUGACACUAGUAAAAUGGCACGUGCAACGACUUAUAACAUACAAUAUUAUUCCACAUCCUCAAAUCUUCAAACUUGUUGUUGGAGAGCAUUCAUGUAUAUUUAUGAUUGUAACACGUUGAUGGUACUUCUUUUCUCCAA